CAGGCACCGCGGCAGCUGCUGCGCUUCAGUGCAGGGCUGGCGGGCGCCGAGCGAGCCAGGGCCGGAGCCGGGAGCCAGCUGCUCUCGGAGCUGCGGCGGCUUACAUCUGGGGCGGUCUCGGUCAUACCAACGCUGUGGCCAGCGCCGGGCGGCGUCUGCCCAGCCAGCCCAGGAGGAGCGGUCCAGACACUUUUUAUUUUGGAAGAAAGAGGCAAGUCCCGGUGGGAGCUUCCCUCCCGGCCUGGCUGGCUCCUCAGCGCGCCCCAGCUCCGCACGGACUCUGGAGGAUGACUCCGGGGUCUGCCCCGUGUAUUCCAGCAGCGGCGGUUCGGGAAGGCAGCCGAAAAUAGCAACACACUUGGUCUAGUAGCGGCUGGUGGAAAAGUGAGUCGCGGCGGCACGAACUCGGCUCUACCCGCGCCCCCGGCGCCGGCUGUUCCUCGCGGCUCCUUCCCCUUGGCUCCCCGGCGGCCGCAGCAUGAAGUGGCGCAGCGAUGGCCAGGAGAGGUAAGAAGCCCGUGGUGCGAACCCUGGAGGAUCUGACGCUGGACUCGGGUUAUGGUGGCGCGGCGGACUCGGUGCGCUCUUCCAACUUGUCUCUGUGCUGUUCCGACUCGCACCCGGCGUCCCCGUAUGGCGGGAGCUGCUGGCCGCCUCUAACUGACUCCAUGCACAGCCGGCACAACAGCUUCGACACUGUCAACACUGCCCUGGUGGAAGACUCCGAGGGGCUGGACUGCGCCGGCCAGCACUGCUCGCGGCUGCUGCCGGACCUCGACGAGGUCCCCUGGACCCUCCAGGAGCUGGAAGUGCUGCUGCUUCGCUCGCGGGAUCCCCGGGCAGGCCCGGCGGUCCCCGGCGGCCUGCCUAAGGACGCGUUAGCCAAGCUGUCGACGCUGGUGAGCCGGGCGCUGGUGCGCAUCGCCAAAGAGGCGCAGCGCCUGAGCCUGCGCUUCGCCAAGUGCACCAAGUACGAGAUUCAGAGCGCCAUGGAGAUCGUGCUGUCCUGGGGCCUGGCAGCGCAUUGCACAGCGGCCGCGCUGGCGGCACUGUCCCUCUACAACAUGAGCAGCGCCGGCGGCGACCGCCUGGGCCGCGGCAAGUCAGCUCGCUGCGGCCUCACCUUCUCUGUGGGCCGCGUGUACCGCUGGAUGGUGGACAGCCGCGUGGCGCUGCGCAUCCACGAGCACGCCGCCAUCUACCUGACAGCCUGCAUGGAGAGCCUCUUCCGGGACAUCUACGCGCGAGUCGUGGCCUCCGGGCUGCCCCAGAGCUGCAGUGGGCCUGGCUCAGGCUCCGGGUCGGGCCCAGGCCCGGCCUCGGGUCCCGGUGCGGCCCCCGCGGCGGAUAAGGAGCGAGAGGCGCCCGGGGGAGGAGCGGCGAGCGGCGGCGCCUGUAGCGCAGCCAGCAGCGCCAGUGGGGGCAGCAGUUGUUGCGCCCCGCCGGCCGCCACCACCGCCGCAGUCCCACCGGCUGCAGCCGCCAACCAUCACCAUCACCACCACCACGCGCUCCACGAGGCGCCCAAGUUCACUGUGGAGACCCUGGAGCACACAGUGAAUAACGACUCCGAGAUCUGGGGGCUCCUGCAGCCCUACCAGCACCUCAUCUGCGGGAAGAACGCCAGCGGGGUGCUGUGCCUGCCAGACAGCCUGAACCUCCACAGAGACCCGCAGCGGUCAAACAAGCCGGGAGAACUGCCCAUGUUCAGCCAGUCGGAGUUGAGGACCAUCGAGCAGUCCUUGCUGGCCACCCACGUGGGCAGCAUCGCCGAACUGAGUGACCUGGUGUCCCGUGCAAUGCAUCACCUGCAGCCCCUCCAUGCCAAGCACCAUGGCAACGGCACCCCCCUGCACCACAAGCAGGGGGCACUGUACUGGGAGCCGGAGGCCUUGUACACCCUUUGCUAUUUCAUGCACUGCCCGCAAAUGGAAUGGGAAAACCCCAAUGUGGAGCCUUCCAAGGUCAAUCUACAGGUGGAAAGGCCCUUCCUCGAGCUGCCGCCGCUGAUGGAGUGGAUCCGGGUGGCCGUGGCGCACGCUGGCCACCGCCGCAGCUUCUCCAUGGACAGCGACGACGUCCGCCAGGCGGCCCGGCUGCUGCUGCCCGGCGUGGACUGCGAGCCGCGCCAGCUCAGGGCCGACGACUGCUUUUGCGCUUCUCGGAAGCUGGACGCAGUGGCCAUCGAAGCCAAGUUUAAGCAGGACCUGGGCUUCAGGAUGUUGAACUGCGGGCGGACGGACCUGGUGAAGCAGGCGGUGUCUCUGCUGGGGCCCGAGGGAAUCAACACCAUGAGCGAACAGGGCAUGACCCCCCUGAUGUACGCCUGCGUCCGUGGGGACGAGGCGAUGGUUCAGAUGCUGCUGGAUGCCGGAGCUGACCUGAAUGUGGAGGUUGUCAGUACUCCUCAUAAAUAUCCAUCCGUCCACCCUGAGACCCGCCAUUGGACGGCUCUGACUUUUGCUGUGUUGCAUGGACAUAUUCCUGUAGUUCAGCUCCUCCUGGAUGCUGGGGCCAAAGUGGAAGGCUCCGUGGAGCACGGCGAGGAGAACUACUCAGAAACACCCCUCCAGCUCGCAGCUGCUGUAGGAAAUUUUGAGCUGGUUAGUUUGCUGUUGGAGCGUGGUGCGGAUCCCCUGAUAGGAACCAUGUACAGGAAUGGAAUUUCUACAACCCCCCAGGGGGAUAUGAACUCUUUCAGCCAGGCCGCAGCCCACGGACACAGGAAUGUGUUCCGCAAACUGCUCGCCCAGCCAGAGAAGGAGAAGAGUGAUAUCCUGUCCCUGGAGGAGAUUCUGGCUGAGGGGACUGACCUGGCAGAGACAGCCCCGCCCCCCCUGUGCGCCAGCCGCAACAGCAAGGCCAAACUGAGGGCCCUGAGGGAGGCCAUGUAUCACAGUGCCGAGCACGGCUACGUGGAUGUCACAAUUGAUAUCAGGAGCAUAGGUGUCCCGUGGACCCUGCACACGUGGCUGGAGUCCUUGCGGAUCGCCUUCCAGCAGCACCGCAGACCUCUCAUCCAGUGCCUGCUGAAGGAGUUUAAGACCAUUCAGGAGGAGGAGUACACGGAGGAGCUCGUUACCCAGGGCCUGCCCCUGAUGUUCGAGAUCCUGAAGGCGAGCAAGAACGAGGUGAUCAGCCAGCAGCUGUGCGUCAUCUUCACACACUGCUAUGGGCCCUACCCCAUCCCCAAGCUCACGGAAAUCAAACGGAAACAAACCUCGCGCUUGGAUCCUCAUUUUCUUAAUAACAAAGAAAUGUCUGAUGUUACCUUUCUGGUAGAAGGAAGACCAUUUUAUGCUCACAAAGUGCUGUUAUUUACAGCCUCUCCAAGGUUCAAAGCGCUCCUUUCCAGCAAGCCGCCAAACGACAGCACCUGCAUAGAAAUUGGCUACGUGAAGUACCCCAUCUUUCAGCUGGUCAUGCAGUAUCUCUACUACGGUGGCCCAGAGUCACUUCUCAUUAAAAACAAUGAGAUAAUGGAGCUUCUGUCCGCCGCUAAGUUCUUCCAGCUGGAAGCUCUGCAGCGACACUGUGAGAUCAUCUGUGCAAAAAGCAUCAAUACCGACAACUGCGUGGAUAUUUACAACCACGCCAAGUUUCUUGGGGUCACAGAGCUCUCAGCAUACUGUGAAGGCUACUUUCUCAAAAACAUGAUGGUCCUCAUCGAAAACGAAGCAUUCAAGCAGCUCCUAUAUGACAAAAAUGGUGAAGGGACGGGCCAGGAUGUGCUCCAGGACUUACAGAGGACGUUGGCCAUCAGGAUUCAGUCCAUCCACUUGUCGUCUUCUAAAGGUUCUGUUGUAUGAAACGUCCAAGAGCAGCAAGUGCUUCCCAAGGACCUUCCAGAUUUCCUGCCGAACUGGCUUUACACAAACACGUACAAAUCCUACCUGGCGUCUGUUUUCGCUGGGCCAAGGAGCUGUCUCUACUGCCUCAGCUUCUCUUGAAUAAGCAACAGCUCCCACGUGUUCUUGCUGAGAAGCAAAGGACGUUCCACUGAUCUGAAGAUCAGAUCAGCUGGGUCCAGAGCUUGAAGGGCAACCUGGGGCGAUCAAGCUGACCCCUGCUGACAGCCCCCCUGGGACUGCUGAACACCCACCGCCAGGGACCACUCGCAAGCGGAUGAACUGAGGCCUACACGGUUGCUCUGAUCCCAGGUUGACAGUCGGAGAACUUAACCGUCCCAACCCAGAAGAGCAUUGUGUUACGCACUAAGGACCUUGGUAGCUGUCAUUCAGCAAGCAUCGACCAUGGUAGUAAAUUGGUGAGGCUGUUACCCAUAACGAGGAAAUAAUUUGGCAAAUUUUUAGGGGUGGGAACUUUUUAAAAUGUUCAUAAAAAAUUAAAAACAGGGCAGUCUUGUAGUUUAAAAUAUAUUUCUAAAAGCGUAACAGUUCAUUUCCAACUAAAUGGUCUUUAGGGCUCUGUGUUUUGAGGUUUCUUUCUCUCUUCCUUUUUAAACAGUUAGGCGUAGGUCCACACUGUGUAAACACACAUCUUAUAAGAUACUGCUGAUAUUCUACACAAGGGGAAAUAAUCUUGCCUUAGCGAUCAUGGUUACACAAAAAGAGGUGCACUGCCAAUUAGUAUCUCUAAUUCAAUAGUUGAAAACAACCUGCAUGCCAAUCGUGGUUUGGGGGUGAAAUAACACGCCCCCCACAUAACAAAACAUGCAUUUGCAUGGGCCUGAACCUGUGAAAUGUUACGUUUGUGCUUCAUUUUUGCCAAGGUAAAAAUGUCUUAUCACUUCUUGCUAAAAGUCUAUUUGGUGAAACCAACAUACCCAUUUCUUCUCCUGAUGAUGGAUGAUGCUGGGAUGCUUUUACAGAAAUUCAUUCAUAGAUGAUGCUGAAGGGGUGGGGGUGGGGGAGCACGUCCGAGAAUUGACUAUUAAUCCCAGAGUUUUCUCUGUAUUCUCAGAAGAUGUUGAUAGUUUGUUACUAGCCAGAGAGUAUGACUAUGUUAGAUUAUUUUUAAAGACAAAAACAUGUAUGAUAAGAUGGAUUCUUUCUGUAUCCCAAGAGUGUACAGUAUAGGGUAAUUAUAAUGAAAGAUUAGAUCAACAGGGUUCUGUCAGCUCUGCCAUAUAUUACUAGCAAAAAACAUCGGUGAAGUGCCACAAUAUUCCAAAUAAUUUAUCAGUUGCAGCCUUUUAUCUCGUCCUUUAAUUUAAAACGUAGGUACAUGGAGUAAAAACCAGAAGAAUGACUUUUACCCUUGGGAAUGGCAAAGUUUUGUUUAUAGACUGAUUUCCUACCAUGGCUUCAGGAAGCUGUGCCUGACCCUGGGUUCUAAAGGAGCUGCUGUACUUGUGUCAUACUUUCUCCCUGAGCUGUUGAUCAGAGGACUGAUGUCAGGGGUUUCAUGGGUGUGGCCCGUGGAGCACCUGGGCCCUGUCUGUCUACAGUAUUGGCUCUUCUGCAGUGCUCAUACCCGAGGCCUCUCUUCCACGUGGUCAUUUGCAAACCUCCCACAGCCGCUACCAUCAAGUGAGGAAGGAAGGAAAAAAACUGCCUGCGGAGGUGUCCAGCGUGUGCGCUGUGGCUGUUGUCUGCCUCCCUCCCUGCUCCGGAUCCUCAGAGAUGCUGCGUGGAUGUUUCCUUAACCUCAGCUGAAUCCCUGUGAAUGUCCGAUGCUAGUUCGGGACUUCCAGGCAUUGAUUUGUACAUGGCAACUCCCAGCAGGGCUUCUGUUAUAGUUUGGUGUGCUUUCUCUGUCAUUAAAAGAAAUCAUUUUCCCAAACCGAGCAUCGUUUGUAUGGUAGGAGUGAAUUCUUUCCCUAACAGGUCAAACCUCAGAACUUCACUCAUUUAAAGAGUUUGGAAAAUGUGGCCCUGCAGAAAAAGUCGAG